AUGAACACAACCCACGCUUAUACGACCAAAACCUACGGUCAAAUGACUGAAACCUACGCUCAAAUGACCACAACCUACGCACAAAUGACCAGAACCCACGCUCAUACGACCAAAACCUACGGUCAAAUGGCCAAAACCUACGCUCAAAUGACCAUAACCCACGCUCAUAAGACCAAAACCUACGGUCAAAUGACUGAAACCUACGCUCAAAUGACCACAACCUACGCACAAAUGACCAGAACCCACGCUCAUACGACCAAAACCUACGGUCAAAUGGCCAAAACCUACGCUCAAAUGACCAUAACCCACGCUCAUACGACCAAAACCUACGGUCAAAUGACUGAAACCUACGCUCAAAUGACCAUAACCCACGUUCAUACGACCAAAACCUACGGUCAAAUGACUGAAACCUACGCUCAAAAGUCCGUAACCCACGCUCAUACGACCAAAACCUACGGUUAA